AUGGCUACUACUCUUCCUGAACCAUCCGCUCCACCAUCGCCUACAGAAUCAGAUUAUACCGUACCAGAUAUAGAUGCUGAAACACAAGCGCGUGCAUAUGCCGAACAGAAAAAUGAAAUUGUGGCACUUAAUGAAACAGAUGGCAAGUGGAAGCUUGAUGUAGGUGACGCUUUCCACACUCAAUGGCAACAAAUUAAAGAUGAGUUAACGAACGGUGGCAGUGAGAACGAUGAGAAUAUUUCGACUGAUGAUGACAAUGUCUCGCUAGAUGAAUCUAUUCAAUUUCAGGAAGACAAAGUCUUUGUCAUUAGUCUGUUAGGCAAUACUUCGAGUGGGAAAAGUUUUGUUGCACGACAUUUAUUUAGUGAUUCGUCAAAUGAGAAUGCAAUCGAUGGUCCAGUCAGCGUCGAUGAAGGUGAAAAAAAGGGUGCCACAACAGCUAAUGUCAACUGUUAUGUGUCCCAAUGUGUAACAAAUAACCGAACCAAGACUCUUGUACUAGAUUAUGAAGGAGAAAAGGGAUCCGCAUUUCCGUUGUUUCUUUACGCACGACGAGGCUUUGAACAUUUCACAGGAUCAGCAGAAAAAGCUAAACAACGGCGACAAGCUGUCACAGAUUACUUCCCUAAACUUGCUUACAUUUUGAGUGAUGUUGUCAUGUUACUAGGGAGUGACGAUUUUGCUUCAACUGAUUAUCUUACUCGGUGUCGUGAGUUCGCUCUAAAAGCAAAUGAUGGUGUCAGUCAAAUGCCACAUCGUCCACUACUCAUUAUUAUACAAAACAAAUCUUCUUUCGCUCAAUCGGUUUCAUCUGAAAUUGUCACGGAAAAAUUCUUUGCCAUUCACGGCCAAGAAGCACAGACAUUGAAGCUCUAUUUUUCAGAUAUUAAAUGUUUCUGUUUACCCCACACUGAGCAACUACAGCGCACCAAAGGUGGUAUUUUAGAUGGACGUCAAAUUUUUGACACACAACUGGCUGAUUUAAAAGCAUUAUUUACGUCCGUUCGGGACCUUAAUUUUCAGCGAAUGCUUACUCAUGCUCAGUGGCUAUAUUUAUUGAAGCGUGUUCUCGAGAUUGUACAACGUGGCCAUUCAGUAUCAUUACACACACUUUUGAACGAAAUUGUUGGACGCGAUGACAAUGAGACAAUUCAAAUGACUGUAUGUGGGUUUCUUUUUCGCUAUAAUCAGCGUCCGAUUCAUUCUCCACAAUGGUUUGCUGAUUGCUCUCAAUUUGCUAUUCGAAUUUUAGCACACUGUCUCGCCGCAAAAGCGUACGGCCAACGUGAACUUAUGUCGGAGCGAAUAAUUCAUGAACAAUGCGAAAAUGCAUUGGCAUUGUUAGAUAAUAGGUUAGAUGAGUUUCGACCAUGUGAAGCCGUAUAUACUGGCAAGGGUCGUUCUUCGAAAAACAAGGACAGCAAAUUUGUCAUUUAUUGCUAUCAACAUAAAGGUGCACAUGAGGAUAUUCAUCGAACCUGUCAGUCUGUAUAUGGUCUUUCCAACUGGAAAGAUUUCUUGGGUUGGCCAUCGACCGACGUCUGGCCCGGGAGUUUUGUCUCUUCGACAGAUGUUAUAGAGACUAAUGACAAUCGCUCAGAAGAUACCAUAAACGAUUUAUCACGUAUGGUGCGAGAACGCAUGCUCGCUUUUCGACAGAAUCCAAAGACCAUCAUCUGGAUGUUUACGGAUCUAUUUCGUGAUUGUCAGGAAAACAACUUAUCGGAAGUUUUUCGUCAUGUUUGCUUCUGUGCACCAAAAUCAGCUGCAAUUCUUUCUCCUCUGUCGUCUCAAGAACAAAGUAUCUUGGCAGCAGAACGGAGGUUUCUUGUCCGCAAGAGAAUAUUACAGCAACAAUUACGCAUGAUGAAUAGGUUUUUACUUCAAGGUCGAUUUGGCUUCGGCAAAUGCGCGAUAUGCUGGCACGAGCUUAAUGAUGCAUGGACGCUCACUCCAGCCGUCGCUUCUGCUUUAUCUACCACUUCUUCUUCUCCUCCUCCUCCUCAAGUAUCUAGAGUGCAGACCGAAUGUGCGAUCUGUUUUCGCGAAGAACGCGAUUUUUUGUUUGUUCCAUGUGGUCAUCGUGGUUUUUGUGAAAGGUGUGCCGACACCUUGCUUAGCCAAAAUGAUAAGUGCCCAAUCUGCAGAACAUUAAUCGCUGAUAAACAGCGUGUACAUGAUGUUUAA